AUGAUCGCUGGCUGGACAGCAUGGGAGCCUGAGGGUGACGAACCAAUUCGCGACGUCGAUGGAACACUUCGUUUUGAGACACAUCCUGAUUUCCGCCCCAACAAAUCACCCGAGGAGAUUAUUCGCGAGGGAAGCUUUGGCGGAUCCUACUGGCGACCUCUGUACUCGAAACGCCUAAAGACCACCAUCAAAGACGACUGGAAAGAACUUCCCGCAUCAUGGACAGCCGGCUUAGACGUGGAUACAUAUCUCACCAGUACCACUUACGACCCAGAGACCAAUAAAUACGGAGUACAAUGCGGACAAAGCAUCGAGGAAUGGGAAGCAGCUGGAUGGAUCGCACACGAGUACGAUGUCCGGGGUUGGUUCCAAUGGUACUGUCGAUUCUACAUGGGUCGUCGCUGUGACGAUGAUGAGCGCCAGAUCAGUCGUUGGAAGAAAUGUGUAGGCGAGACUGGUCGCUGGCGGAGAAUCUUGCUUAAGAAAUACGUUACUCUUGGGAUACGGAGUGUUUUUACUGAUGAUGGUGAAGAUGAGGAUGGGCCUGAUGUGAGUCCUGUGGUGCAUCAGACGUGUCAUCACUGGGCGUAUGAGGUACGUCAGGACGCGCUGGAUCGUUUUUGGACAGAUGGAAAAUAG